AUGGCUGGUCUGCCGCAGAAGACUCUGACUUGGCUAUACGACGUCUUGAAGCGAGAGUAUCACGACCCGAACCGUACCUACUCCGACCUUGCCCAUGUCCUGGCCCGUUAUCCGGGGUUCGCCCCAAGGACAGAUGUCUAUACGUUCGAGACUGGAGCGCCGGCGCUCCUGGUCGUAUUCACAGGCACGAUCCCGGUGAACUUUCGAGGCAACACCUACCGAUUCCCCGUUACAUUAUGGGUUCCACACGCCUAUCCCUACGAACCACCAAUGUGCUACGUCACGCCGACCGAUGAUAUGGUAAUUCGACCAGGUCAGCAUGUUGGUGGAGACGGAAGAAUAUACCAUCCUUAUCUGGCGCACUGGAGGGAACAUUGGGAGAGAUCGAAUGCCUUGGAUUUUCUCUCCAUUUUGUCCGAGAUAUUUGCGAAGGAGCCUCCGGUGAUGUCGAGGACAACACAACUGCGACAGAGACCAGUUCAACCUACACCUCCACCCAUUCCGCCUUUACCCAGAGAGAUGCAGCCUACACAGCAAGGCAUCCACGCUGUAAGUCCGCCGCCAGCAGGACAACUUUUCGGCGUUCCUCCGCUACCGCCCCCUCCGCCAAAACAACCUCCGCAAGCUGGCCUUUCGUCUCCAGCGCAACGAACCCUGGGCCUAGAUACCGCUCCGCCAAGGAUGGGGCGAUACGAUGCUCCACCGCCUCUACCUGGUCAAGGCCAGCCUCAAAAGCUCCAGCCUGCGCAUGGGAACGGUGAAGUGCAACGGCCACCGAGCGGGAUGAGUUACAUGCCUCAGCGGUCGAGCAGUCUAAGACACUCCAUGCCGCCAGCGUUUCCAUCGCAGCAGCCACAACCAGGAUAUGAAUCACAACAAUAUCGAGCGCAGCCACACCAACCGGGCGAACGACAACAAUAUAUCCAACCCCAGCCUAGCCAGCAGCCACCUUACAUGGCGAGUCCACCGCCGGCUCCAAGCCACGUUCAAGGAUACAAUCAAGACCAAUACCGCCAGAUACCAGCACAAGAACGUCCUGAACGACCUGUAUCGCAGCACUAUCCUCCAACCCAACAACCUUAUCAGCCGGCUCACCCUCUGUAUCACCAGCAACAUGCUCAAGCACAAUUCCAGGCACCCAAGCCAGCCCCACCCUCCCAACCAAAUCUGCUCGACUCUCCUUUCGACCUUCCCUUACCACCACCAACCUCUUCCACCUCGCAUCCGGCAUCAAACGUCCCCGCACCACCGAUACCUGUAAACCCCGAGAAGGAAGCUCUAUUAUCACACCUCUCUCACCUUCUCACAACCUCUCUCCAUCAACAGAUCUCCCAGAAUUCCUCGGCUUUACAACCUCUCUCCUCGCAAUAUGCCGCAUUACAGCAAACAAUGCAAACUCUUAACGGCGAAUUGGCGAACCUGAAAACCAUACACGCAACGCUGUCUUCGAACAUCUCCCUCCUACACAGCUCUCUGAAGAAAGCAGACAGCACAAUUUCCUCGGCGCACAGCCGCGCUUCCAGGAACGAAAUACCCGCCGUGGAUGAAAUGCUCACGGCUCCUACAGUUGUGGCCCGCCAACUGUACGACGCAGCAUGUGAAGAGCGUGGUAUCGAGGCCGCGAUCUUAGCCCUCCAAGAAGGGUUCGUCUGCGGGAGGGUAGGUAGUGAGAUUUGGGCAAGAAGAACAAGGGAAUUGGCUAGGGAAGGAUUCAAAAGGAGAUGGAUGGUCAAGAAGAUCGGCCAUGGGAUGGGCUUGGACUUGGAGGCGGGAUCUUACGAUCGCUAG